AUGGUAAAAAGUCAAGCCAACUUGGAUUUGGGCUUCACGGUAGCAAUUAUCUUAGUGGGCUCCAUGGGAGAACCUGGACCCAUGGGGCUCCCAGGACUAGAAGGAUUUCCAGGUGUAAAGGGAGAUCGAGGUCCAGUUGGCUCACCAGGGAUAGCAGGAAUACCGGGAAAGUCUGGGGCUCCAGGGCCUCCAGGAGUACCAGGAGAACCAGGUGAAAGAGGGCCUAUUGGAGAUAUUGGAUUUCCUGGACCUGAAGGACCCACAGGAAAACCAGGAAUAAAUGGAAAAGAUGGCUCACCAGGUCUUCAGGGCCCAGUGGGCAAGCCUGGUGAUAGAGGACCCAAAGGAGAACGUGGUGAUCAAGGAAUACCAGGAGACAGAGGUCCACAGGGUGAAAGAGGAAAACCUGGCCUUCCAGGAGUAAAGGGAAUAAUAGGUCCCAUGGGACCCCCAGGAAACAAAGGUUCUCCAGGAACCCCUGGGUAUCAAGGGCCUCCAGGUACUCCAGGAACCCCUGGAAUUCCGGCUGAUGCAGUUUCAUUUGAAGAAAUAAAAAAUUACAUAAAUCAAGAGGUCCUGAGGAUUUUUGAAGAGAGGAUGGCACUAUUCCUCUCCCAGAUGAAGCUACCUGCUGCGAUGCUUUCUGCACAAGGUCAUGGAAAACCAGGGGCACCAGGAAAAGAUGGAUUACCAGGCCUACCAGGAGAUCCUGGCCCCCGAGGUUACAGAGGACAGAAAGGAGAAAGAGGUGAACCUGGAAUUGGGCUCCCAGGAAAUCCUGGUCUUCCUGGGCCUUCAGCAACUUGUAUGCCAGGUACACCCGGUGUUCCAGGGCCUCAGGGUCCUCCCGGACCUAGUGGACGGUGUAACCCAGAUGAUUGCUCCCACCCUGUGUCUCAUGCUCAGCCACCAGGACAUGAAAGUGGAAAAUGAGCAGCUUCCUGAAAAUGGCCUGAUGUCUAGCGAUGACCUCUACCAACUGAAAAAUCUGUGGAACUUGGUUUGUUUUCAUCAAAUCAAUUGUCCUGGAGCAGCACUUUGAGAGCAUUUAAGCCAAAUCCUUUGACUCCAGCUUCUGAUGUAGACACCUCUAUACUUUUUCCAAGUCCAUUCCCAAUGAUUUAUUUUAUUUUUACUGUCUUAUUGAAAUUUUUCAAUAAGAUAAACAAGCCCAAACAUUAUUAUGAGCUUUCCUAAUUUGAAAGGAAAUUGUUUUAACAAUUUAGUUAGUUGAAAAUUGUACAUAUUUUUACUGUCUCAUCCAUAUGAGUUUUAUUACUGUAAGGCAUAGAAGAGACAGAAUUACAAGUUGUCUUAAAGUUUAAAUUGAAUGUUCUUGCUGAAGUUUCCUGUCAACUCUUUACUCCAAUAUACUUCAUAUUGAAUUUUUCCAUCUACUUUUGAUGGCCUAAGGGUGUGAUGCUACUGCCUUCCAAUUUAGUCAGACAAAUCUUUUGAUAAUUUCCUAUAUAACAAUGAGAGAAAUUGUGUUGCUCUCCCACUUCUCAGGAGAUUCUCAUGAUUUUAAAGAACUCAAAAACUCACCUUUACAAAUAAAGUAAACUUUUGUUUUUGUUUUUUUUCUAAUGAUUAGCUUAGUUUAAAACUGAGCAACAUUAGCUCCAACAACAUGGGGGAAGAAAAAAUUCAAUACAUACAGCCAUAUGUUCCAUCACAACAUGUACACUUCUCCAGUUGCAGAUAUUAUGACCAACCAAGUAGACAGAAUCUUCAACUGUGAAACAGAAUACAGAUUCUGUUAAGAAGAAAUAUUUGAUGAUGAUGAUGAUGAUGAUAAUGAUGAUGGAGUGAACUAAGGAUUCUUUAUCACAUCUGAAACUGCAAAGAGCUCAUAGGCUUUUGGUACCUGGGCUUAAUGACUCACAUAUCAAGAAAAGACCAUCCAUCUAAGCAAAAAGCAAUUGGGUCCAUCGCUGCCAAAAAGAGCCCAUACAUAAUAAAACUGACUAGUUCGGGGGGAACCUCCUAAAAGGUGAAUGGAGAAUUGUAGCAAGUAUGCAACAUCAGAGUGAAAGUGUGUAUUUACUAAAUACCCUCCCCAAAAUAGAGCAAAGGACAUAGAUCAGAUGAGGGACAGCAACCACACAUCUCUGCUCUUGCAACCUGUACUCAGAGUCUCAGAAGAUGGGAUUCUUUUGAAACAUUUAUACAAGCUCCUGGAAAAGAAAGCCCAAAGAGUAUAUGUGGGUAUGAGAGCAGGGAAAGAGUACAAAAAAGGAAUUAAUGACUGUGUUGUCUAAAACAAAAGAAAAUGAAAUUAUAAUCACUACUGGAUUCUUAAUCAAUACAAGUUGUUUCAUAGUUAUUUAUUAACUUAGCAGGAAGUUACCAUUGGUUGUAAGAAAUGAGUUUUUCUUAAAUGUUUGAUAGCUAUACCUACAAUAGCUAAUCAAACGGAUUGUAGCAAUUCAAAGGCCAUGUCACUUGUAGGAUGGGGGUGCUUCUCCCCUAACACUGUUGUAGAAAAUCCUCACUUUCCAACUUUCUCUUCUUAAUAAAGAGGUUCCAGUUUUCCUAGAACAGAAUGGAAAAUGACUUUUGUCUGUUCAUCGAAAAUAAGGUUAAGAUGGCAACUCCAUUGUAAAAGCUCUACAGACAGUAUAAUUGGACUCUGAAAUUGAAACAGUCUGAAUGUAGUCAUCAUGUCUGUGGAACAUGUCUGGAAUUGAAAGUGGGAAAGAAUUGAAGAAUUGGCAGAACUGAAAUUAGGAUAUUUCUUGUACUUAGCUGUGCUCAUGAUUUUAAAUACUUUUCAUUUUAAUUUAGUGAACUGCUGGUCAGCUACUAUAUAUGGCUAGGAAUACAUAGAACAUCUUUUGUUUGUUUUGUUUUGUUUUAAUUGAUUUGCAUUGAUUUAUUUUGUAUCAUUCAAGUAAUUCCAAAUCUCACAAUUUUUGUGUUUUUUUUAAUUAUGAAUUCCUGCUUAACACUAGUUUAUUUCUUGUGAUGAUACCUACAAUGGUGCUGUGUUUUAAACAAACUUUAUGAUUGGAGUCUUCAUAAGUGUGUUUCUUUAAUGGGAUGUUAUGUUCAAAAGAAGUAUAAGAGAGUUAUGACUUGGUGCUAAGUGUAUAUUUAAAAUUUGGGGCUAAUUGAAAUAUGAUUCUCAAAACUUGUACCUUUCUUAAUAAGAUUUUAUAGUGUUAAUUUAUUUGAAUUUGUC